GCCGGCGUCCCUCCCCCGCCGGCGGCCGGCGCACGAGCGUCCCCCUCGCGCAUAACCCCUCGACCAAGAGAGCGAUCCGUAACAACUAAAGUUCUCGUGAAAAGUUGAGCCGGGCGCUCUCCUACGCCCUCCUGCUAUAAUAGCCGCUCUCGCGCUGGUCUCUCUACCGACCGUCGUCGUCGUCUCUCGUCUCUGUUCAUCUGUCCCACAUUCCGUGAGACGGAGAAGGAGAGGGACGGACGUGAGCGAAUAAAGGGAGGGAACGGGAGAGGCAGGGAGAAGGAGCGAGAGAGAGAAGAGGGAAGAAAGGGCAAGCGCGAGAGGACGAGACAGAGAGGGAGAAAGAGAGAGGAACCGCGCCGUGGACGACUCCGACGGAUUAGGGAAUAGAAUAGUCAUUAUCGUGUAUACAUCCGUAUUCUACGAGCUAUCGGUCGCGCUCGUUCGGAGAGUCGGUCGUCGGUGGUGUGGCGAGACGCCGUGCCCGCGGGUUUGGCGCCGGUUUCAGUGGUGUGCGAGUGCGGUACCGAGAGAUCGAACGACCUAGCCCGUCUCUUUUCUGACAUUGGAGCGCGCCGGCAGAGAGUAUUACGCGUCGGGCCACGGUGUGUGUUGGAGUGCGAGUUCGGGGGCUUCGCCUGGAUUAAUCGGGCUCAAGACGAGGAAUAUCGACGCGGGAGCAGCGGCGCCGGCAAUUACGAGCGGUGCUCGUGGGCAGAGCAUAUAACUUGGACGUCGAGGACGUUUCUUUAGGGAGACCGCGGCGGAGGGGUGGUCGUGCUGGGGGCCGAGGGGGUGGUGAUGUGGCCGAACAGCCUCGGAGGUACUUCCGGCUGCAGCGGGGGCGCCGGCGCCACCGAUCUCGGGGGCCUCGCCGCCUCCACCACCUCGGCCUCCGAGCUCUUCGGGCCCGCGGCGUUCGGCGCGACCGCCGCGGGGCCCUACGGCGCCCUUAAGACGGCACCCUACAUGAGCGCGCUUAGCAUGCCGUCAAUAGAUGCUUUACACUCCACCAUCGGCUAUCCCGGUUGUACACCCGCCGGUGAGUCCUACUACUGCAAUCCGAGAAAGCAACGACGGGAAAGAACAACGUUCACACGAGCACAAUUGGACGUAUUAGAGGGACUUUUUUCAAAGACGAAGUAUCCUGACAUUUUCAUGCGUGAGGAAGUAGCGAUGAAAAUCAAUUUACCAGAAUCGAGAGUGCAGGUGUGGUUCAAGAAUAGAAGAGCUAAAUGCCGACAGCAACAGAAGCAACAGCAACAACAGCAAGAUAAGGCACCGAGAUCGAAGAAACCUUCGGGGAGUCCGGCUAGUAAUCCACCCCCUGGAAAAAGUCCUUCAAUUGCUACCACGCCCACACCUGCCGCCGCGGUACCUGCUACUACGCCCUUGAGCGGAGGCACUGGAGGUUCAGCGGCAAGUUCUCCGGCGCUUUUAAGGGAUUCGCCGCAAUAUAAACCCGCGGGAAAUGCUACUAGUUUACUGUUAGCAGCUAGUACUACCCCACCGAGCUUAGGUGGCACCGUGUACAGCAGUGGCGGUGGUAGCAGUAGUAUCUGGAGUCCAGCAGUGACGGAAAGCGGUGGAGGAUUUCCGGGUGACCACCAACGGUUAGCGUGGACGACAACCGCUUCCCAGCAGCAAUGCUACCAAAAUUAUUCGUCCUACUAUACCAAUAUGGAUUAUCUCUCGCCCGCUUCGCAUCAGUUAAACGUUGUGGACAGCGGAGGUAGCCUUGACAAUUCAUGGAGCAAAACGAGAGACGAAGGAACUUCAUCUUGGUUUUACAAUAGCGCCGGAUGGGGCGAUCGGAAGUGA